UUAGUCUAUAUGAGUUUAUUGUCAGAAAGAUUUCAUAGAAACAGGAAUGUACCAACCAAAGUCAGGGUAAUAGGAAACAAUUUAAACAUACAGGUUUUUCCAUGUGGGAACUGGCUUUUCCAACAUCAGGCUCAGCGUCUGCACUUGUCUGAUGCCCUUUUGCAGGCUUGGUACAAGCCCUGGGCGCACGUGGUACAACACGUGGAUCAGCAGGCGUGGCGGCUCUUCUAGCAGGAGAUGCAUUUGUACUCUUCGCAUUUGCAGGAGCAGUGCAAGGGCAGGGGCCACCCAGCAGGAACAGUCGGGGUUCAUUUCGAGCUGAGGGCAGGCCAAGUCCUCACAGAAAAUUGAAAACUUGAUGGAUAUGGUGAAGAAGUUGCAGAAAGCGGGAAGCCUAGAGCCCAGGGUUGAGGUCCUGAUUAACCGGAUUAAUGAGGUGCAACAAGCAAAAAAGAAAGCCAGUGAGGAGCUGGGAGAGGCCCGGACUGUCUGGGAGACUCUGCAGAAGGAACUGGACUCACUGAGUGGAGAGAAAGUGCGCCUGAAAGAGAUCUUGAGUAAAAAGCAAGAGACCCUGAGGAUCCUCCGGCUCCACUGCCAGGAAAAGGAAAGUGAGGCACAGAGGAAGCAAACCCUGCUAGAGGAGUGCAAGGAGCGAAUCUGUGCCCUCAACUUCCAGAUUGAGGAAGAGAAGAGCAAACAGAGGCAGCUGCGAUUGGAUUUCGAGGGACAGUUGGAAGAACUGAUGAGCCAGCACAAGGACCUCUGGGAAUUCCACAGUCCAGAGCAGCUGGCCCAGGAGAUUGGUGCCCUGGACAGCAGCAAUGAGCAAUUGCUCAAGGAAGAGAAGCUGGUAGAAGCCAAGCUGGAGGAUGUGAAGAAUCGUCUGAGCUCCCAGUUUGGUACCAAGGGCUGCUCUGCCAUCACUGAGGGGCUCUUCCUCCGCAGCAAGGAGGCAGCGGCUGCCGUCCAUCUGUUUGAGGAGGAGACCAGAAAGGCCCAGGAGCUCCUGGAGGACACUGCCCAGCGCCAUGAGCAGCUGCAGGGGGAGUGCCAGCAGCUGCAGCAGAGGAGGCAGAGGCUGAAGGAGGAACUGGAAAAGCUCGGAGUGCAAGUCACUGCUCAAGCCCAGAGCAAACAAGAGGAUGGGGCCAGCCCAGAAGAAGCUGCUAAUCCAAAGCCCCUUGGAGUCAGCGAAGAGAAAGACCCAGAGCUGCCCACUGAGCAGGCCUGAUGCCCUCCUAGGCGAGGAGGUCCCCCUGCCCUGGGGCAUAUGGCUGGGCUUCAGGAAAUAAAGGCACUAUU